UCAAGUAGGAGCGCGUCCCGCCAUUUUCGCCAGAGUUUGAAUUUUUUAAAAAAUACCGAGCAAGCGCUUUCGGCAUCAUGGAAACCGCGCCUUCGUCAGUGUCGUGUUUACCUCACCAAACGAAAAUGUCGAAGGCGAAAAAAGUGCUGGAAGAGGCCAGAGAAAUCCAAAAUCCCGAAUUGGAUUUGUUCGAUAAAGGCGUGGCGACAUUUGAAGAAAUGCCCGGAUUGCUUAAUAUGACCAACAUUACACGGUUGACUUUAAGCCUCAAUAGACUUAAGUCUGUUCCUCCUGGCUUAGCAAAUCUGACAAAUUUGGAAAUCAUAAACUUAGCCAACAAUCAAAUUGAAGACCUCCCUCUGUCUCUAUCUUCAAUGCCAAAGUUGCGAAUACUCAACUUAUCAAUAAAUAGACUAUAUACCUUACCCAGAGGUUUUGGAGCAUUUCCUGUAUUGGAAAUACUAGACCUUACUUAUAAUAACUUAAAGGAAGACUCUUUACCUGGAAACUUUUUCAUGAUGGAAACCCUACGAGCUCUAUAUCUUGGCGACAAUGAUUUUGAAAAAUUGCCUCCAGAAAUAAAAAACCUUAAAAACUUGGAAAUUUUGGGUUUGAGAGAAAACGAUUUGAUUGAACUACCCAAAGAAAUAGGUGAAUUAUCCAGGUUGCGCGAAUUGCACGUGCAAGGCAAUCGCUUAACAAUAAUUCCUCCAGAAUUGGGCAAUUUAGACAUGUCCUCAAAUAAAGCUGCGUUCAGAUUUGAGGGCAAUGAAUGGGUACAACCAAUAGCAGAUCAGCUACAGUUGGGUAUCAACCAUUUGCAAGAUUAUUUGAGAAGUGAGACUUAUCGCAUAUUAUAUAAUCGUUAUUUGACAAAUAAGCCUCCAGUUCCACCACCUUGUGUGGACAAAGCUAAAAAAGUUUCAAGGAUUCGUUGAGAAUUGACUAUUGACUCUCUUGUGGCCUUAUAAUUGUUAUUGUGUUACUGCCAUUUUAUAUUUUUAAGAGACUAAUUAUUUUUUUGUAUUGUGUACAGGGUGAUCUAUUAUUGAUGCCAUCCUUUAUUAUUAUUAUUAUUAUUAUUAUUAUCCUCUCCUAACUUACUCAUUUGACGUUUUCAACUAAUUAAGUUUGAAACCUUAUAAAAGGCGCCUUUUUCCCUGUAACCAUUGAAGGUGAACAUAAUAAUAUUCAACCUUAUAUCGUUAAAAUCAGAUUGAGCUAACAAAUGAGCGCACAAUAUAUGCAUGGUGUUGUAUUUAAAAAAAAUAAACCUUUGCUACACUUUUUUGGGCAACCUGUAUGUUUAAAAUCGAGAGGUAAACCACUCCCCGAAUUUGUGCUAACAAUUCCUCCCAAUUCCUCGCACAAAUAUGGAAAUUUGAGGCUUUGAGGCAACAUAUCAAAAACUCGAAGCAAUUGAUCCAAAAAUUAAAAAGUUGUGGGCCCUGAAAAACAUGCACUUUCUUAGAAAAUGACACAUUUGCUAAGUCUCUCUAUUCAAAGAUUUUCCACAAAAACUACUUGAAGUACAAUAAUUAUGAAAAUUAGAGGAACUAUUUUUAAGGCUUUGAGGAAAUUCAUAUCCAAAACUCAAAGCGAUUGAUCCAAAACUCAAAAAGUUGUGGGCCUUGAAAAACAUGCAUUUUCUUGAAAAGUGACAUAUUAGACAAGUCCUUAUACUCAAAGAUUUCUCUCAAAAACUACUUAAAGUACAAUUAUGAAAAUUUCAGGAACUAUUUUUGAGUCAAUUCAUAUCAAAAACUCAAAGCAAUUGAUCCAAAAUUUAAAAACGUGUGAGCCUUGAAAAACAUGCAUUUUCUUAAAAAGUGACAAGUCCCUAUACUUGAAUAUUUCUCUCAAAAACUACUUAAAGUACAAUUAUGAAAGUUUGAGUAACUAUUUUUGACUCUUUGAGGCAACUUUAUAUCCAAAAUUCAAAGCAAUUGAUCCAAAAAUGAAAAAGUGGUGGGCCUUCAAAAAUAUGCAUUUUCUUAAAAAGUGACACAUUGACAAAUCCCUCUACUCAAAGAUUUUCCUCAAAAACUACUUGAAGUAGAACUAUGAAAAUUUGAGAAAUUAUUUUUGAGGCUUUGAAGCAAUUUGUAGCAAAACCUCAAAGCAAUUGAUCCAAAACUUAAAAAGUUGUGGGCCUUGAAAAACAUGCAGUUUCUUAAAAAGUGACAAGUCCCUAUACUUGAAUAUUUCUCUCAAAAACUACUUAAAGUACAAUUAUGAAAAGUUGAGUAACUAUUUUUAAGGCUUUGAGGCAACUUAUAUCAAAAACUCAAAGCAAUUGGUCGAAAAAUGAGAAAGUUGUGGGCCCUCAAAAAUAUGCAUUUUCUUAAAAAGUGACACAUUGACAAAUCCCUCUACUCAAAGAUUUUCCUCAAAAACUACUUGAAGUAGAAUUAUGAAAAUUUGAGAAACUAUUUUUGAGGCUUUGAAGCAAUUUGUAGCAAAACCUCAAAGCAAUUGAUCCAAAACUUAAAAAGUUGUGGGCCUUGAAAAACAUGCAUUUUCUUAAAAAGUGACAUAUUUGACAAGUUCCUAUACUCGAAUAUUUCUCUAAAAAACUACUUAAAGUACAGUUAUAAAAACUUGAGUAACUAUUUUUGAGGCUUUGAGGCAACUUAUGUCAAAAACUCAAAGCAAUUGAUCCAAAAAUGAAAAAGUUGUGGACCUUCAAAAAUAUGCAUUUUUUCAAAAAGUGACACAUUUGAUAAGUUCCUCUACUUAAAUAUUUUCCUCAAAAACUACUUAGAGUAGAAUUACGAAAAUUUGAGGAACUAUUUUUGAGGCUUUGAAGCAAUUCGUAUCAAAAACUCAAAGCAAUUGAUUCAAAAUUUAAAAAGUUGUGGGCCUUGAAAAACAUGCAUUUUCUUAAAAAUAACAUAUUUGAGAAGUCCCUAUACUCAAAGAUUUUUCUCAAAAACUACUUAAGCGUACAAUUAUGAAAAUUUGAUGAAUUAUUUUUGAGACUCUGAUGCAACUUAUAUCAGAAACUCAAAGGAAUUGAUCCAAUAAUAGAAAAGUUGUGGGCCUUGAAAAACAUGCAUUUUCUUAAAAAGUGUCAUAUUUGACAAUUCCUCCUCCAAACUCCAAAGUCCCCAAAAAUUCCUCUAAACUGCUCACAAGUUCCUUGCAAAUGCCUGUUACAAACUCCCCCAAAAUUGUUCCGUGAUUUUUAUUACGCUCAGUCUCAGUGCUAAAAUUAAUAAACCCUCCCAAUUUCUUAUACAUUCUUCCAAUUUCCCAUAAACUCCUUCCAAUUCCCCACAAUUUUGGCAAAGAAUUUCUCCCCGUGCUUAAAACUGAUUCACAAAAACUUUGGUGUUGGACACUGCUGUUGAAAACAUCAUAUGAACAAGUUAAAAGGGGGGUGACAUUUAUAAUAGAUCACCUAUAGGUAUAUAGCCUUAUAGUUUGAUAACAUUAACUAAUAAAAUUGUAUUUUAUAUUUGCCAUUUUAAUGAAAUCAUGGACAUUUAGACAAAAUGAUAUUUAUGGAAAGCAAUUUGCAAUGCAAAUGGAGCAUUGCUAAGGUUGAUUCUACAACAUUUAGUGCUUAAAUGAAAUGAAAAGAAUAACAGAGUAAACAUCUUAUUUAGGUACCUUAUAACAUAAAAAUUUACAAAAAUAAAAGCAACUUAUAAUUACUCCUAACAGUUUGACUAUUAUAGUAAAUUGUUGUGUUGUAUAAGAAUAAAAAAAAGCUUAAUGGUUACUUGGUAAUUGCGGCAAGCCAAAUUCAUCAACUUGUACUCCAUCCUGAAAAAAAAAAACCUGUAAAUUGCCAGCAAUAUUUCUUUCAAAUACCAAUCUACCUUAUUUGUUCUAGCACCAAUAGCUUCAGGUUUAUUGAGUGGAGCCUCAGGUGCUUUACCAAUAUCAUCCAAAUAGCUCUGAUCAUCAUCUAAAGCGAUUUCAUCACCGAGAGCGUCUAAUUCAGCUGCCAAUUCAUCAUCAUCAACUUCAGGAGUAUUGUAGCUCCUGCCUAAAGCUUCUUGGACUUCAUCAGCUUGAUCUAGCAUGUCAGCUAAAUCAUCUUGGACAUCAUCAAUGUCUUCAAUGUUGAUUUUUUUGAAUUCUUUUUUCAUUGCUUUCAUUCCGUCCUUCAUGGCUACAACAGUGGCUUGAGUGUCUUUGAUGGUUUGAUGAGCAAAGUUGGCUUGCUCCAUGUUGAAAGACUGGCCCCUUAAAUUCUCCAGUUGAUUUUCGUACAUUUUCUUUUGCUUGAGUAUACGUAGGGCUUUCGCUUUGACGGCGUUUUUCGCCGGGCCUUCGCGCAUUUUCGACAUUUGAUCUCUGAAUUUUCGCAGGUCGUUUUCGAGAAUGUUGAUUUUCUUUUCGACAUUUUCAGCUCUCG